AUGAAGAUUGUUGGUGUUCUUGCUCUACAGGGUGCUUUUAUAGAACAUGUUCAAUAUGUCCAACAGUGUAUUGAAAAAAGUGGGUACGCUUUAGAGGUGAAAACUGUCAGGACUCCCUCGGAAUUAAGCAGUUGUGACGCUUUAAUAAUUCCCGGCGGGGAAUCAACAGCCAUAUCUCAAAUUGCCGAACGAAACGAGCUUCUGGGGCCCUUGCAAAAAUUCGUUCAACAACCUGAAAAAGCCGUCUGGGGUACUUGUGCUGGUCUAAUAUUCUUAGCGUCCGAACUUACCAAUGAAGCGAAUUUGGUAAGAAACUUGGGUUGCUUGAAAGUCGCUGUAAAACGUAACGCUUUCGGUAGACAAUCCCAUUCGUUUGUCGCGGAUUUGGACUUCUCUUCGUUUUUACCUGGCGGUGAAGCGUUCCCCACAGUAUUCAUUCGAGCACCUGUCGUUGAAAAAAUUCUAGGCGACGACGUCCAAGUAUUGCAUUCCAUUCAAAGUCCCUCCGGUGGUGACCUUGUCGUGGCGGUGAGACAGGGCAACGUUCUGGGCACUUCUUUCCACCCGGAACUCGCAGAUGAUAUUCGAUUUCACGACUGGUUCCUGAAGGAAUUCGUCAUAUAA